UACUCAAACGCGCUGGAUCUGUCAAUGUCAAAGUUUCCAUCGAGAUUUUGCUCGGUUUUGUUUGCUCUUCUUGGGUUUAGCGUACAAGAUAAUGAUUUUUUUACCGAAUUUGAAAUUCUUUGGCUAUGUGAAGCCGUUUUCGUUCAGAGUUAAAUAAAAUGUGAUACUGGAAGCCAUGAGCUCUCCAGCAGCGAUCGUGUGCCGCGAAGUAUUCGACGAGAAUAGUCAACCAUCUGCAGAGGAGGUAUCAGAUUAUGCCCAGCAGCUCGGCAUUGACCCGGACAGUGAGAGCCAUCUACUGCCGCUGGCGAGAGAUGGGUUGAUGCAAGCUCUGCCCGCACCAUGGAAGGCAUACUUCGACGAAAAACUACAAACCCAUUACUACUACAACGACGAGACGAAGAAGACGCAAUGGGAACACCCGCUGGACCACGUGUACCGCGAGCUCGUCCGGAAGGCGCGGGACGCCUCCGCCAUGGACGACACGUGUGCGUCCGUGCAGGAACUUCUAACAUCAGAAGAAAACACGAAACAUCUAGAGCGUGUGGAAACGAAGGCAGAAAGCGACGAAGACCUAUCGACGGACAGCGCUGAACAUCCCUCGGAUGUCAAGGAGUCAGCUAUCAUGCCGGGAAGACGAUUAGCACCUUUAGGGAGACCACCACUUGCCCCCCUAGGCCGACUUGACAAGAAACUGGGCGAGCUCCGAAUCUCACCCUUACGGCGCAGCGCAGAAAGCUCAGUAUCGCCCAAACCCAGCCUCUUCCGCAACACGUCAGACAGGGAGCUGCUUAGCAGACCGACGUCCUUUAAAACGGACAUUAUCGACUUGAAAAUGAGUGUUUUGAGUCCGGAGGAGGAGAAAUAUAACCCGUUGCUGGCGGCGGCGAAGGUUGAGAAAGGACUGCCUUUACCUUUGUCAGGAAGAGGCACCAUGUUUCUAAAACUGAAGUCUGAGCUGCCAAGUCCGGACACAGACAAAUCGCUGACCAUAGACUCUGUGACCAAGAGCGACCCGCCGAAGGGCAUCCUGCGCGAGGGCAAGCCGGAGCUGCAGAGGAAAGCCGAGAGCGCCGUGUUCGGGCGGCAUGCCGCUAGCUUGGACGACGAUCGGAAGAGCGUCAGAUUCAAACUAGAAACGCUCCCAGACCCGACUAUCAGCCCAAGCUCAAACAGCUCAUCGGAACAGAAUGAGGGCUCCAUCAUCAGCAACCCCAUCGUUCCUUCUAUCCCCUCGCCCGUGAUCCCGUCCUCCCCCGUGCUGCCGGGGCCGGGGGUGCUGCUGGCCCCGCUGGCCACGAGGCCGCCGCUGCCGCCGAGGCCGAACGUUGAUAGUCCGAGGUCUGACAAGGAUUCUGUUGCAGAGAGUGAAACCCGCGAUUCCCGUGGCGCGUCCCCCCGCCGUCGCUUACUACGGCCACCAGCAGCUGACUACAUCAAGCAAGACCUGUUCCAGAAAAACUUCCAGAAGAUUGCAGACCUGGUGCGGUCUACUGAUAUAGAACCUUCGGCUAAUAGUAUGGCUUCAGCUAACAGCUUGGAGGAGCCUUCGGUGGAGAAGGAAGUUAGACCAAGAUCUCCAAUGAUACCUCAAAAGAACAAAAUCUCCAUCAACCUCAUGGAGAGCAUAGAAUCUGAGACCUCCAUCGAUUCUCCCGACAGAGAAUUUGCCAAUCUGGACCUAAACGACCUUGACGACUCCAACGACCAGAAAGAGAACGACCCAGAAAAAGAAGAUAAAAAAGAGAGCGUAAAAGAAGACUUAUCAGAACAUUCCACUAAUUCUAAGCAGUCAAAAUCUUCUAGAAUAAUAGAUAACAUUCCAAUGCCAAAUAUAAAAGUUCCUAAGUUAGAUUUCUUCCGCUCCCCUAAAUCAGAAUUCAAAGAGUUCAAGAAUGACGAAUCGAAAACUAAUUCUAGAUCGGACAGUGUAGAUUUGAAAAGUCCGCAGCUCAAAUCUAGGUCGGAUAGUUUAGAGGCGGCCUUAAAAAGCCCUCAGUUAAAAUUGUCUCCAAAUCCUGAUAGAUCUCCAAGAGAUUUUAGCAAACCGUGGUCUGGUCUAACAUUUAAACCGAAACCCGUUGCAUUAAAAUCUUCAGACUCGGCUAACAGUUUAGGAAAAAGUUUAACAAGCCCUCGCCUAGAUGGCGUUAUACUAUCCCAAGGUAAAUCAAGUACAGAUAACGUAGUAGUUGUAUACCAAUUUGAGCAGGAAGACAGUUUUUCGAAAAUUAAAUCGCCUUUACCUGAUCCGGGUAGAGAGAUGAUAGAGAGGAGUAAAGGAGAUGAGAGGAGAAGACUGGAGUUGACGUUGCAGAAAGAGAUAGAGACAAUAAGAAUGGAGUGGGUGGGGAAGGAGAAGAGGUUGAAGGCCGAGUUGCAAGAAGAGUUAAAGGAGGCAGAGGAGAAAUUUUUGGCGGAGAAGAAAUUGAGGUUGGAGGAGCAGGCGGAAAGGCAUAAGAGGGAGAUGGAGGAGGUGUUAGCAGCAGCAGAAGAAAAUCACCAAAAAGCGAUAGAGGAGCACGCUAAAGCGCUUCAGGAGCGAAUAAUACACGAUACCGAAGCGGCGGAGCGCGAACACCAAGCGGCCAUGGAGAAACUUCGAGAACAAUACAGAACCAAGCUGAAGGAGCAACAGCAUGAACUUGAAAUUGAAAACGAACGCGCCCUCUCCGAGCUACGCGAACAACUGUCAACCAAUUUACACAGAGAGCGAGCGAGCAUGAUGGAAGAGAACAGGGCGACUAUAGACUCCCUCAGGGACGAGCACAGCAGCAGGGUUGCAGAACUGCGACACGACUAUAGGGCAGAGGUGGAGCGAAUCCGCACCCAACACGCUUGCCACCUAGAAGAGCUGCGCGGGCGACUGGCAUCCGACCGUCUCGCUCCCACACUGCCCGACAAAUACCGCUGUCUCAAGGAGAAGUAUGCGCGCCUCAAACACGACGUCAAGAUGUCCAUCGAGCGGCGGAACAAGCGUCGGGAAAUGAGCAUGACGACGGGAUCAGAGACAGAGAAAUCUAACUCCCACAAAGCUAACCAGUCGCUGGAAAGGUGCAAGGAGUUGAAUGAGACAUCGGUGAGCGCCGUGAUAGAGUCGGAGCCGACCAGGGUGAACAACAACUUGGUCGUGCGCAACAACGACAACGACUCCUGCUCGGAGAACAACGCCAACAACAACGAACAAUGCAAACAGUUGAAUGAGACAUUGGUGAGCGCCUUGAUAGAAUCGGAGCCGACGAGGGUGAACAACAACUUGGUCGUCCGCAACAACGACAACGACACGUGCUCGGAGAACAACGCCAACAACAACGAACAAUGCAAACAGUCAGCGCCAUCAGACGCGUCAGCGCCGAGCAAAUCGAAGCCCCGCCGCAGCGCCGUGGCCUUCCGCGAGCCGCCGCGCCGCCGCCGCGACCACCGCCACAGGGACAGAGACGCUGCUACCACGGACUUCCAAGAUUCAUCCGACGCGACAACAGCUGAAGACAAGCCGAAGGAGCCCAUCAACGGUCACGGGCGGCGCAGGUGCUUCACGAGACUGAAGUCCGCGUCCACUUCGCGACUCAACUACUCACCGAAACGAGGCGAAGGCUGGUCGAGCCCUCUAGAAUCCCUACGACAGCAGCUGCGAAAACUGGACGACUUAGAAGACCAGUUCCCGGACUUAGCCUGCCAGCCUGCCUACAGCCUGCGGUACCCCUUCGCAGAACUAGGAGCCGUUGCCACCGCCGACACGCCUGAGUUGGAAUUCGUGCGGCACCGCGCCUUAAUAGAGCGAGAAGGCAUGCGCAGAGCGAGAGCGGUGCUGAAGCGGCGCAGAGCAGCGCUCAAACAGACCAGGAGCGAAAGAGAACCACAUAGAGCCCCUAGCGAGGAGCGUGAGUCCACAGAGUUGGAGGUCGCUCUACACCGAGCGCGCGCACUGCUGGGCGAGAAGGAGAUUCGGCUGCGGCACAUUGAGCGCGCGCUGCGGGCGCUGGCGGCGCGCCCGCCGGUCGCCGUGCAGGAGACGUCAUCGUCGGGGUCGUCGGGCUCGCUGUCGGCGGCGGCGGGCGGCGCCGUGCUGCGCUCGCUGCGCGCGCUGCACGCCGACGUGCGCGACAUCUGGCGCGCGCUCGACGCCAGGGAGCCCAGAGUACCAGCCAUAACAGCUUCACCCGAGUCCAGCUCGUGCAACGCACCAACAACAUCGCACACUCGGCUGACUCUCUCUGCUCCCGAGCAGUCGCUGCAAGACAACUCUGACGGCGUGGCCGAACGAGCCCGGGGGCUCCGCGCUUGGCUGCAAACUACACCAUAACCAUCACAUCAUCGCUUCUCUGGGCCAAGCUAAUCCCGCUCUUAUGUCGUCGAGAUAAAGCUUAAAGUACAACUCGGACGCUCGGAACUCGGAGCUCCGCGCUUGGCUGCAAACUACCCCAUAACCGUCACAUCAUCUUCGCUUCUCUGGGCCAAGCUAAUUCCGUUCUUCUGUCGUCGAGAUAAAGCUUACUACACAAUUUAAGUGGCAGAGAUGGUCCGACGCUCCGCGCUUGCUACAGACCAAGCUCAGGGCCUACAGAAAUUCGCAAAUUGCGGGCAUUUUUCUCUGUCACUCUACGUAUUCAUUGGUGUAAAAGAGAAAGAUGCCUUGCGAACUUUGGUGUUAGCGGUAGGCCCUCUGAUUCCGCUCUUAUGCCGGCUCGAUAAGGCUUAGUUUCGUUUAGAAGUAGUUCUGUUGCGACAUAAAAAGACGAUCUGAAUCUUUUGCUUGAAAAUAAUACGAUGUUAAUAUCAAUAUUAGCUCAAUUUGACAAAUUAUCGUUUGUCGGUAAAAUUAGAAUGGCUAUUUACCCCCUUAUUCAUAAACGCACUACAAAUCUCAAUUAGCUAAUAAUAGUUAGUCCUUAUCUGUCAUUUUGACUUAUGUAUUUGUAAGAAUGGGUUGAAACAUAAUUUAACUAAAUCAGGCCCGUAAAGUUUUAUGAAUAAGGGGGUUACUCUUUAACCCCCUUAUUCAUAAACGUCUACUAAAGUUGACAAGCCGAUAAUAAUCGUUUGUCCCUUUCCGACGUAUUGGGAUGAUGGAAAGAGACAAACGAUUAUUAUCGGCUUGUCAACUUUAGUAAACGUUUAUGAAUAAGGGGGUAAGUCUUUACAUGUAUUAGCUCUGCUAGUACAGGCUAGCUACCCAACGAUAUGAAUCACUAGAAAAAAAAUAUUCUUUAAUUUUAUUACUGGUUGGCAUGACUACAUCUUCAGAUGACCAAAGGGCCUAGCCAAGGUGACAAUCGUUGAUAGAUAACGCCAAUCGAAACUUAAAUAAUGUAUGACUUUUCGUAGCAUGAUAUGGCGAUACAUUUUUUAGUUUCGUCAGUGGGGAGACACUCUUCCUUUCGGGCAAACUCGGCUCCGUUCGGCUCAGCAUUGCUCCGAGCAAUUAUUAGGGUUGGCACCACUUGACGCCCUUUUGCGUGCACGACCACAGAUAAGAUAAUCACUUGAAUUUUUGACAACCCUAAAUAGCCAUAAUGGAUAGUGCCAUACAUUAGAAAGGGAUAUCAUGAUUCGUCCCUGAAUCGCUGUCAAACUUCGGUUUUGUAGGAAGUGUCCUUUCUGUACGGUAGUACUAUUAUUUAUUCUGUGGUUUCGUUAGGAGUCCGUCGAUGUCUACGAUUGUCAUCUUGUCUAAGCCUUCCAGUACAUAUCUUGAGAAGCAAUUCACGCAUAGUUUUUUUUUAAUAGAAAUAAAUAGUAGCUUUAAAGUCUAUGUGAAUCUUUAUCAACGCGCUUUUCUUGCGCUGGACGUACGGAAAUAAUUAUUCAGUUGAUAAAUACUCUGAUAUAGUACGUGUUAUACGUGGAAAUUAAUAUGAAUAUAGAUCAAACGCUCAAAUAUCCAGCUAGACAUAAAUAUGAUAUUAAAUAUCAACCUACAAUCGUGUCAUAUAUUCCUGAAUUGGAGAAUAAAUAAUUGUGCUAGACCAAAAUACGUUAUAAGCGUGAUAUAGAAAAAGGAUUGUCUACCCCCUUAUUCAUAAACGCGCUACAGACCUGAAUCGUUUGUCCUUAUCUGUCAUUUUGACUUAUGUAUUUGUAAGAAAGGAAUAAAACAUAAUUUAACUAGAUCAGGCCCGUAAGAUUUAUGAAUAAGGGGGAUAGUCUUUUCAAACAACUUUGUCAGUAGAAAAAGGCGCGAAAGUCAAAUUUUCUAUGGUACGAUAACCCUUCGCGCUUACAUUUUUUAAAUUUGCCGCUUUUGUCUACUGACGGAAAUGGCUUGACAGACUAUAGCAAAUAGAGAGGCGUGUUUAAGACGACUGAAUUUGUAAGAAAAAGUGACGAUAUGAAGUUUUAUGCUGUUAAAGAAUUGGGGCGUAUACAUUGACUUAGAAGAAAAAUCAUCUGAGACCUUCGAGCAACACCGGCUUCCGACUCGUCGGUUAAGCGAUAUCUUACCGUACAAAUCGUUCUGCCAUUUUUUGCGGAAGGAAACGUGCACACAGUCGCACUUCUCAUUCACUACAUAUAAAAUCCAAUCUGUAAUGACGACACAAAUACUAAAAAUGACACACGUCAAAGACAAAUCUUGCACACCUCGAUCUCUUUUUGUGUACGGACGAGUCACAACACGCACCGCGCUAG